GCAGUGUUCUAUCAGUGUUGGGAUAGCCUUAAUAAGUAUGGCAUCAAAAAAAGAAGUAAUACUUGCGAGCCUUUUCUUAGUUUUUCUCCUCCAGAAAAGACCUCCUUUCUGUCCUGUGUGUCUGAGCCGUUUGUAUGCAAUGCAAACAGGGAUGAAGAUCGAUAGUAAAACCCCAGAAUGCCGUAAAUUUUUAUCCAAGCUUAUGGAUCAGUUGGAAGCUAUGAAAAAGCAAUUUGGUGAUAAUGAAGCAAUUACUCAGGAAAUUGUUGGUUCUGCUCAUGUGGAGAAUUAUGCCUUGAAAAUGUUUUUAUAUGCAGACAAUGAAGACAGAGCUGGACGAUUUCAUAAAAACAUGAUAAAGUCCUUUUAUACUGCAAGUCUCCUGAUAGAUGUUCUAACGGUAUUUGGGGAGCUCACUGAAGAGAAUGCACAGCACAGGAAGUACGCCAGGUGGAAGGCAGCAUACAUUCAUAAUUGCUUAAAGAAUGGAGAGACUCCUCAGCCUGGCCCCAUUGGAAUGGAAGGAGAGAGUUUCGCAGAUGUUGAAAGGGAAGAAGCGGGGUCAUCUUCUGUCCAUAGUGGAACAACUCAACCGGCAUCAUCAUCUACAUAUGAAGCUAACAACACACCAUCUAGUAAUUACACUGGCAUACAUAUACCACCAGGUGCCCAUGCACCAGCCAACACUCCAGCUGAAGUACCUCAUAACACAGGAGUGUCAAGUAACACCAUUCAGCCUGCUCCUCCGAAUAUUCCUCUAGUUGAUCCUUCCCUUUACAGUGCUCAGUCUGGAGGAGAAGUCCGCUUGACUCCAGAGGACUUUGCCAGAGCUCAAAAGUAUUGCAAAUAUGCUGGCAGUGCAUUGCAAUAUGAAGAUGUGAGCACUGCUGUGCAGAAUCUACAGAAGGCCCUCAAGUUACUAAUUACAGGCAGAGAAUGAAGCCUUUAUUCAACAGUUUCAUCUUUUCCUUAAAAGACUAACAUCUUAUUACUGUACCUGUUAGGGAAGUGGAGAAAUUCUCAAUUGCAUCACCCAGGACAGUGAAACCCCUUUUCAUUGUCAGAUUAGCAAUUAAUGGUACAGUAGGAAUCUCUGUUUUCAUCUUACAGACAGUGGAGCUAGAAACAUGAAUGCAGUGGCUUGUUGUAAGCAAAAUACUGAAGAAAGUACUGUGAACACUGUGCAAAAGUUAGAAUACUUUCAGUAUUUAGAUUAUCAGAAUGGGAAAAUGCUGACUGUAAAAGGCUUGAGAAUUAGGAUGUUCGGUUAAAAUUCUUACUCUUGUUUUAUUACUCCAAACAAUUAUUUAAUGAGUAUAAUAGCUUUAAAAUGGUAACUAAGAUUAGUGCUUUCCUCCUAAAUGAGAGCAUGUGAGAAGGCUGACAGAUCCACAAUGGGAAGAACUUUGUUCUGUAUUUAAAUAAUUUCGGUAUUUGUAUUACCUGAGACAUAAAUCAAGGUUGAGGGAGACUUGAGUACCUUUGCAUUUCAUUUUAAAAUGUGCUGGAAAAAAACAUCUCUUGUUACUUCAAAGGGAGUAAUUUUGAUGUGUUCCAACCUAAUCCCCUACGGCUGCAUGGAUUGCAACAUGUGUUCUUGAUUAUUGGUUUUUGCUCCUUCUGUGUGAACACUUCACAAUUUUGUAUGUCUAUGGGUAAUUAAGAGAAAGUACUAACAUUUAUCAGCAAUGAUCCUGGAAGUGGAGGCAGAGGUUCUAAACAACAUGAACUUUUAGGGAGAUUUACUUCAUUUGCUUCAUUCCAUCUUUCUAAAAGGCUGAAAAAAAAGCUUUUUCUUCAACCAUUAAAGCAGUAUAGGUUUGUCUCUGGUAUUAGUGUCAUAGAGUUUCAUAUUUUUGACUGAUAUUUUUCCUGUCUGCUUUGUUGUGGAGACUUUUUGGACUUGGGAUUUAAUUAAAAUAUCUUGGAAACUGGA